AUGCCGAAGCCUAAUACCGGCUUCGGCUCCCCUUUGGGCGUGAUUUCGUCUCUUCAUCCUUCAACCGCUAAGAUUUUGCCAAGUUGUCAGGGGUGGCUCUCGUUCAUCCUGACUCACGGAUCCCAUGCUCUUACCAGCAAGGCCAAGGCAGGAGAAGCACUUGGAUUCUUGGAGUUCCUCUCGAAAGUCGCGAACUCGGACGCCUCAUGCCUCAUUCCAGAGCUGAACCCGGGCCCAUUUUUCCAUCCUAUUCGCCAGGGUUGUGCUGGUGCAAAGUCUUCCAAGUGGGGCCGGAGAUUACUUGCCUCGGAUGGAGUCGUCCGUUUCACUCCCAAGAGAUCUGAGAUCGUGGGACGCUUUGGCCUCCUGUCCGAGUGCUUGGUAUCUACUUAUAUCCUUGAUCUUGAGACAUGCCUUCUAGUGCAGGUCUAUGCAUACCCUAGAUUUCACCAGAUCAAGGAGUAG